GUUAAAAUUAAGGAUAAAAAAUAUGACGAAAAUUGUUGGUAAGAUUGUGCAGAUUAUUUCGGCUGUGGUUGAUGUGCAGUUUAGUGGUAAUGGUAAUUUACCGAAAAUUCUUAAUGCUCUUGAGUGUGAUAAUAAAGGAGAGAAAGUAGUAUUGGAAGUAGCGCAGCAUAUAGGGGAUGAUAUUGCUAGAUGUAUAGCCAUGAGUCCAACAGAAGGGUUGUUAAGAGGACAAGAAGUGGUAGAUACGGGUAGUACUAUCAAUGUGCCUGUAGGUACUGAAACUCUUGGACGUAUAAUGAAUGUAAUUGGUAAGCCUAUUGAUGAAAAUGGUCCAAUUAAUUCAACUAAUUUUGCUUCAAUUUAUAGAUCAGCUCCAAAUUUUGUAGAUCAAUCAACUGAACAAAAUAUUUUAGUUACUGGCAUUAAGGUUAUUGAUCUGUUAGCUCCUUAUUCAAAAGGAGGGAAAAUAGGGUUAUUUGGUGGUGCUGGGGUAGGUAAAACCGUGUUAAUUAUGGAGCUUAUUAACAAUAUAGCUAAGGCCCAUGGGGGAUAUACGGUUUUUGCUGGAGUUGGAGAAAGAACUAGAGAAGGUAACGACCUUUAUCAUGAAAUGAUUGCCUCUGGAGUAAUUGAUCUAGCAACGCCAGAGAAGUCUAAAGUAGCUCUUGUUUAUGGGCAAAUGAAUGAACCCCCUGGAGCAAGAGCUAGAGUUGCGUUAACUGGUCUUACUAUAGCUGAAAGUUUUAGAGAUUUGGAUGGUGGGCAGGAUCUGGGUCUGAAGUAUCCGCCCUUUUAG